AUGUUUGUGACAAAUGAUGACCGCGUCUACGGGUUGGGCUAUAAUGGAAAUGGUAGACUUGGGUUGGGUCAUAAUAUACUAAUCAAUGAACCAAAAUUAAUAGACGAGUUAUGCGGAAAACAAGUCAACAAAUUUAUAUUUGGCAAUACAUUUGGAUUGUGUUUGACAAGCGAUCAACAAGUCUACAGUUGGGGUUCAAAUGAAUUCAAACAAUUGGGUAGAACUACCAGUGCUAGUAGUAGUAGUAGUAGUAGUAAUGAUGAAAAGUACUGUAAACCGGCAAUCAUCGAGUUUUUUACCGAUAAAUUUAUUAGUGAUAUCCAAUGUGGUAAAGAUUAUUCACUGGCGCUGAACAGUGACGGUACUACUGUCUAUGGAUGGGGUGAUAAUAGCAGAGGACAGUGCGGUUGCGGACAACAAUCUAAAUGUAUUGAAACGCCCACUCGGGUUAUAUUUCCGGACAACAACACCAACCAAAAUAUUGUAAUCAAAUCAAUAUAUUGUCAUACGUUAUGUUCAUUUGCCUUAACCCGCGAUGGCUUUGUCUACAGUUGGGGUUACAAUCAAUCCAAUCGUUUUGGUUAUACCUAUGAGUUUAGUUUUAUCAGCGGCCUAUUUUCAAGCAAACAAUAUCUAACUGAACCACAAUUGGUUAGCGAUUUAAGUAAUAUUAAAUCAAUUGCCAAUUACUGGACCAAUAAGCACUUUACAAAUGUCAUAUAUUUUCUGACAAACACUGGACAGUUAUAUGAAACGGGUGUUAUUAAGAAAAUAGUGUCUACUAGUGAUCGAUUGAUUUUGAUUAAUGUCGACACUAUAAUUUUAUUGAUUUGA